AUGACAAAGGGGGAGAUUGUCAGAUGUGUGGAUAUUGUCAUUGUUGUCAUUGAUGUCAAACUUGGUUAUCCAGUUAGGGCCGGAUGGUGUAUGCUGUUGGAAGCAGUUAUUGGUAUUGCAGUUUUGUUAUUAUUGGAAGAUAGAGGUAGGAUUGUUGGUGUUGUUGGUGGGGUUAUUGAUGCUGUUGGUGUUGCUGGUGCUACUAAUGGGGUUAGUGGUGUUGCUGGUGCUGCUGGUGGGGUUAGUGGUGUUGUUGGUGUUGCUAGUGCUACUGGUGGGGUUAGUGGUGCUAUUGGUGCUGCUGAUGGGGUUCAGGCCCUUGUUCAGAGGUGGAUCCAACAGAAGAAAAUGAUGAAUCUGCAGGGCGUCAACAAGAUCUCUGUUCUACUGUUACUAUCUCUCUGCUCCCUGCUUACAGUCUAUACUAGUGCUUAUGAAGAUUUUGAAGCUUACCCAUCUGGUAAUCUUUCAAGCUUUGAUUUGGGAGAUGGAGGCAUUCACAAAUUGCUUCAAGUCUUCAAUCAAUCAAAUCUGUUUGGUGCAAGUUUAAGUAAUACAGCACCAAGGAAAUGUAAUUUGUUCAAGGGAUCAUGGGUCAAAGAUAACUCCUAUCCUCUUUACACAGAUGGGCAAUGCCCUUAUGUUAAUUAUAAGUCAAGCUGUAGAAAGAAUGGGAGACCAGAUGGCGAUUAUGAGAAAUGGAGAUGGAAACCACAUGCUUGUAAUAUGCCCAGAUUCAAUGCCACCGAUAUGCUGCAGAGGCUCAGGGGAAAGAGGUUGAUGUUUGUUGGUGACUCAAUAAGCCAAAGCCAGUGGGAGUCCCUUACCUGCCUUCUCUAUCCAUUCGUUAAGCAAAAUACUCAGUCUGCAAUUUCUUCUAAACGUCGUCUUCAACCUAUGGCUGCUUUCAAUGUUCCUGUCAGACAAUUCAAAAUUCCAGAAUACAAAGCUUCAAUAGAUUUUUUCUGGGAUCCACUUUUGGUUGAAAUAAAGGGUAGUAAGAGUGGAAAGAACGUUUUGGAUCUUGAUAGCAUAAAAAAGUAUGGAAAACGAUGGAAGAAUGUAGAUAUCUUGAUUUUUGAAACCUCCCACUGGUGGAACCAUGAAGGCAGCUUGAGAUCUUGGGACCAGAUCAAGGUAGACGGACGCGUGUACAAGGCAACCAGUGAUCCUAUGAAGGCUUACAGGAGGGCAUUAAUCACUUGGUCCAACUGGGUUUCUGCAAACCUGGAUCCCAGAAAGAAUAUGGUCUUCUUUCGUACCAUGUCACCUAAACACAUUGACAUUGGAUCAGAUAGACAUAAUUGUUACAAUAAAGUAGAACCCGACAAGAAGAAAGCGCAUUUUCCUCCAAUAGCACCUCAAGUGGGUAUAGUUAAACGCGUCAUAAAAAAGACAAGAUAUCCUGUACGUUUGCUAGACAUAUCACUAUUGUCUUCAUAUAGAAUUGAUGGGCACCCUUCAAUCUAUACGAAAUUAAUACUUGGAUCUCAAAAUAGUGAUCUCCAAUCUUCCUCAGAUUGUAGCCAUUGGUGUUUACCAGGUGUUCCAGAUACUUGGAAUGAACUUUUAUAUGCCUCUCUUGUUAUGAAUUGA